AUGUUCUCCAGUACCCUUCUCAUUCUCGUUUUGAAAUCGUUUUCGAAGGCAGAGAAACUGUCCAUCCGUAAUUUCCCUCAACUGAACCGUCUGGAUUUCCCUAAAAAGUCGCUUGCUUCGAUUGUGGAGCUGACUCUGGAUCAAGUACCCUUCCUGUCUUCGAUCAAAUUCGAAGAAGGCGCUCUCCGCUCUCUUUCUACCCUUGCGUUGAAGAACUUUUAUAAUCUCUGCAAUAUCACUGCGGAGAAAGGAGCACUCGCCUCCCUUCUUCGAUUCGAAUUAACUACUCUCUCUAACCUGAAUCUCGUCCAUUUCCAGCCUUCUUCUGGAGCCAACUUACAAGCAAUUCAAUUGAACAGUAAUCGCUUUUUAUUUAAUUGUGAGACUAGAUGUUCCCAAACUCAAUAUGUUUGUUGUUGGUGA